GUGCUGCCAGAGAAAUUUCUGGUCAGAUGAAAUAAAGACCAUGCUAAUUGGAUGAUGAUGCACACAGCUUAAACAGCUGAAGCCAGAGCUGAUAGAGCAAUGGGGGAAGAACUACCACUGAGCAUGCUUUCUUUGUGCCCUAAUAAGUUAGCAAUGACUGAAAAAGAACUUAAUCUCACAUAAGAGAGAAAUUUGUUUUUGAAUUAUAAAGAGGGCAAAGUAUUUCUACUGAGCCUUCUGCAGACGAUGACCCUUGUGAUUGGCAAAUUAUGCUCAUUCUUCAGAAAAAAAUAAGAUCAUUGCACAGAAGACUGAGAAUUAGCAGAUGAAGGGUAGAGGUGAAGGCAAGAGCACCACAGAGCCUGUGGAUUAAUGCUAUUCAUUGGGAAAAGUCUAGUAACGCUACACAGGGUCUUGAAGUGAUCCGUGGAAGUUAUUCAGAGGAAAAGAUAGUCCUUGAUGUAAUUACAAUGAGAGAUCAUAUUGAAACGACCAUGUUGUUAUCCCAGUGUUUCUCCAGAUCAAGCUAAAGGAACUUGCUUUCAUGUGAGAUGUUGCUUCCUCCAAGAUGAGCACUAUCAGGAGAUAAUUAAGGAUUUUUUGAAGAUCCACUUCACAGAGCAGCUCUCACAAACAGAUGCCCUGGCAGCAGCUGAGCAGGCCUCCCCAAGAAGCUGAUCAGUGCAAUGAAAAGACUACUGAUAUCUAGAGGAAUUAUAUAAAACCAGAGGUGGCUGGUGAAGGAUUCACUGUGGGUUUUCAACAGAUUUGAGCAUGGCCACCCAGCAACAGUCUGUGACCAAGGCGGAGAUCCCUGACCAUGUUCUUUACACUGUAGGAACAUGUGUUCUUGUUAUCGGCUCUAUUGGCAUCAUAGGAAACCUCCUAGUUCUCUAUGCAUUUUACAGCAACAAGAAGCUGAGGACGCCCCAAAACUACUUUAUAAUGAAUUUGGCUGUGAGCGACUUCCUGAUGUCAGCUUCUCAGGCACCAAUGUGCUUUGUCAACAGCUUGCACAGAGGGUGGAUCCUUGGAGAUAUAGGUUGUGACUUGUAUGCUUUCUGUGGAGCACUCUUUGGAAUAACCUCGAUGAUGACCCUGUUAGCUAUUUCUGUUGACCGCUACCUGGUGAUCACCAAGCCCCUGCGAUCCAUCCAGUGGACCUCAAAGAAACGCACCAUGCAGAUCAUUGCUGUCGUGUGGCUGUACUCACUGGGGUGGAGUGUGGCCCCACUCUUCGGGUGGAGUUCCUAUGUGCCUGAGGGCUUGAUGAUUUCCUGUACAUGGGACUAUGUAACCUACUCCCCUGCAAACAGAAGUUACACCAUGAUUUUAUGCUUCUGUGUAUUUUUUAUUCCCCUGAUAAUAAUAUUCCAUUGCUACUUACUUAUGUUCCUGGCCAUAAGAAGUACCGGCAGAGAUGUUCAAAAGCUAGGGUCCUGCAGCCGGAAAUCCUACCUCUCUCAGUCCAUGAAGAAUGAAUGGAAAUUGGCCAAAAUUGCUUUUGUGGUCAUCAUUGUGUAUGUCUUGUCCUGGUCUCCAUAUGCUUGUGUCACUUUGAUUGCCUGGGCAGGCCGAGGCAACACACUAACUCCGUAUUCCAAAUCUGUGCCAGCUGUUAUUGCCAAAGCUUCUGCAAUCUACAACCCCAUCAUAUAUGCAAUAAUUCACCCGAGAUACAGAAAAACCAUCCACAAUGCUGUUCCCUGCUUGCGGUUCCUGAUACGAAUAUCGAAGAAUGACCUCCUGAGAGGCUCCAUAAAUGAAUCAUCAUUCAGAACCUCUCUCUCCAGCCAUCAGUCUCUUGCUGGCAAGACCAAGGGCACUUGUGUUUCAUCAGUUUCCACUGGAGAAGCUACCUGGAGCGAUGUAGAGCUUGACCCUGUAGAGCCAGCUCACGAGAAACUGCAGCCUCAACGAAGUCAUUCUUUCUCAACAAGUCUGAGUCAGGAGAAGAGAGAUCUGCUCCCAGAGAUCUGUAGCUACAACACAGCAACUGUAGAAACGGUGUCACUGUCUUCCAGUUGUCUGGAGAAGGUGCUUGGGCAGUCAGUUCUCCACAGUCCCCCUGAAGCACUUGUGGCCAGCUCUCUAAGAGCAGCUUCUCUGCCUGUUGGUUUGAAUAGCAACAAUGUCAGCAGAGGAGGAGGCUCAGAUACUUCAUGGAUGGAAACUCAAGAAAGUCAAAAUAAUGGAGGCCUGGACUCUAUCAUUAGCAAUACAGUCCCUCGCAUCAUUAUCAUUCCCACCUCAGAGACAAACCUAUUUCGAGAGGAACUUGAUGAGGAAGAGACUGAAUUAUUCCACUUCCAUGACAAAAAGAGUAAUAUGUUGGAUUUAGAAGGACUUAGCUCAUCAACAGAGUUCCUCGAAGCUGUUGAGAAAUUUCUAUCAUAAGUGUGUCAAAAGAAAACUUUCCGGCAAUGAUUUUCUUGGCAUCUUCUCCACUGAAUUAUACCAAGUAACUGAAGCCUUGUAGGUUAGAUCAUCAGGCUUUUUGUAUGUUUAUACGGUAGUCACUAGGCAGCCUUCAGAUUUAUCUUUGUCCAGACCAGUUCAGGCAUUGAAACAAGCUUUCUUUCAGACUACACUGAAGGAAAUGAGCAGUGGAAGAUCUGGCAGCAUGAUCGAGUAGCAUCAGUUGAGUCGUUCUCCUGCUUUAUGGGGCCCUGAACAUUGAUUUGUAACCACAAAUGCCAGCAGAAGGAAAAAUAAUUGAACCAAGAGCAGGGGGAGCUGCUGAAUGUUUCUGCUACUUGCAUGUGAAACAGCAUUCAUGUUUUGGCUGCUCUCCUCUGGAUGGCGAAGGGAAGCACCACAAGGCCACAGCUUCCACCAGCCCCAGAGGUAAUACUGCUAGAUGACCUGAACUGUCUUUUAAUCAAAUUAUUUUCAGCAUUUUUAUUUUAUUUUAUUUUUUGAAAUAGGCAGCUUCCUAAACAUAAAUAGAUGGACUUACCAUGUAACUAGGAAGUAACUGCUUGCUUUUAAAGUUCAGUGAUAGAAGUUUGGAUUUUACCUCAUCAUUAGUGCAAUCACCUGAAUGUCGCAAUGCAAGGUGAAUGUGCUAAAUGCAAUGUGCUAAAACUUAUAAUUCCAACUAUAGAAGCAUUUAGAGCACCUUCACUUACAAUGUUGAUUAAAUGUGGAUGAAUCCUAAUGAAUCUGUGAUUAAAAGGGUGAACUUUCACAACUGGCUUGACAAUUCAUUGAUGAGAAAUAAAGUCUUGGCUGCUAUAUGUCACUUGUUUCUUCAGUGGAGAUUCUUCUCUAUUCUUCUAAAAUGUCCCAGGAGGAUGUCUUCUCCUACAGGUCCCUUACCAGAGGCCUUCAGAGUGGGUAAGAUGUCACCUUGGGGAGAAAGCUCCACAGCACUAUGGUCUUUGGUACAAGAUCUGCAGUCACAUUUUACUGGUGGUUAGUGUUUAUUUUGUCUGUGCUUUAUGCUAUAGCUCAGGCUUGCAAGAACCUCCCAGCAUUUUAUUCCUAAGUGCAUUCUUUCUUUUGUAAAUCAUUUUCCCUUCUUAAAACAUGUUCUCCACAUCUUCCCUUUCAGUCUCUGACCUUCAAAUGCAGACAAGUUGAACCACAUUAUUCUUCACAUAACAUCAGUAUAUCUU